GCAAAGCAGAGCACAAUGGUCACUCCCCUUCGGGCCGGGCUACCCCUAAGAAGGUGGGCAUCUCUGACCUAUUUCCACUCCCCAUUUCGCCCAGACGGUCCUUCACCACUGCUGACCCCGAAGGUGUGCCUAGGCCUACAGAUGUGGUGGCCUGUGAAUUUCGUCCACUUAGUUCUGCCCCUGAACUCUUCACCUAAUCGGGAGGAGGUUGCCAAGCGGGAUCUCAUCACACCCUCUUUCCCUUGGACAAUUAGUCUGGGCUACAGGCUUUUGCUGCCCAGGGUUCUUCAGCGCCUAGCUGGGCAGGGCUGGAGGGUACACGCCCAGGCGGGCAUCCUAUGGCGCCCCGGGCUCCCGCAGGCCCCGCCCCUUGCUGCGGAGACUUUAAAGCCGGGUGCUCGUGGGGGCGUGCUUAGAGGCUGGAGACCGUCCCAGAGGGUGCUCUGCCGGAAAUGCACCCACGAUUUCGUUGCGCGUCCUGAGAUUCCGCCCCAGGGCCGGCUCCCGCUGGUUGGCUUUCCUGCCGCCGUUUGUCCCUCGCGAAGCCCCGUUGCCCGCCCGGGAGGCGUGACUAGGGGCUGGAAGCAGGCGGGCCGCGGCGCCGUGGGCCCGGGCUGCCGCUGUCAUGGACGCCUGGGUCCGCUUCAGUGCUCAGAGCCAAGCCCGGGAGCGGCUGUGGCUGCCCAGUACGCCUGUUCCCUUCUCGGCCAUGCUUUGCAGAGACAUGGGGCCAGUCCUGUGUUACAGAAGCAGAUUCGACAGCUGGAAGGUCAUCUGAGUCUUGGAAGAAAGCUGCUCCGCCUGGGUAACUCGGCAGACGCGCUCGAGUCAGCCAAAAGAGCUGUGCACCUCUCCGACGUUGUCCUGAGGUUCUGCAUCACUGUUAGUCAUCUUAACCGAGCCUUAUACUUUGCCUGCGACAAUGUUCUGUGGGCUGGGAAGUCCGGACUCGCUCCCCGCGUGGACCAGGAAAAGUGGGCACAGCGUUCAUUCAGGUACUACCUGUUCUCCCUCAUCAUGAAUCUGAGCCGCGAUGCUUAUGAGAUCCGCCUACUGAUGGAGCAAGAGACCUCAGCUUAUGGCCGGCGAAUGAAGGUUUCUGGAGUCCCAGGAGGAGUUGAGACUGGGGGACCUGGAGGAUCAGGGACUCCAGGGGGGUGCCUGCCACAACUGGCUCUGAAGUUUCGGCUCCGGGUCUUGCUCCUGGCUCGUGUCCUUCGAGAUCACCCCCCUCUUUUGCUGGAUGUGCUCAGAAACGCCUGUGACCUCUUUAUCCCACUGGACAAACUAGGCCUCUGGCGCUGUGGCCCUGGGAUUGUGGGCCUUUGUGGCCUCAUAUCCUCCAUUCUGUCUAUUCUCACCCUAAUCUGCCCCUGGCUACGACUCAAGCCCUGACAUUAUGAUACAAGAUAAGGAGGGAGCUCAAUUGGUGAGAUGGAGUUUUAGAUUGUCCCCGCGUGGCAGCCUCGUCCUAACGUGACUCCUUGAUUGAAGUUAGAUCCAGAUACUCAGGAAUGAGGGGAGAACCUUGCCAAAGACGAGGUCAGGAAGGCGAUGUCGCUGGAAAGACUCCAGCAUGCCUCGAGAGGCGUUUGGGCUUCUCUGUCAUAGCCCGAAUCUCUUUGCUCUCUUCCCUUUUAUCUGCCUUGAGUCUGGUUAAGAAUUUGUCACCAUGCGGCAGAAUUGUCUUUCUUAGUCCGCUAUCUGAACACUUAAACAGAAUUCCUUGUUGGUAGGAGAAGCACACGUUUUGAGUGGUAAAGUGCUAAUUGCAUUCUUUUUCAGAAGCAGCAUGGAGCAUAGUGUUUUUCCUUCACACUCCAUGAUUUUCGAGGCUUCAUUUCAUGUCCCAGCAGACUCUUCCCUCUUAUCUCUGCACUGAAGGCCAUUUGACACUUCUGCCCUGUGUCUGCCUCACCAGCCUCCUUCCUGAUUUGGCACUAACCCUUCUCUCCUCCGUACCUUCCCGUGUCUGCUUACACUUUGAUAUUAGAGCUUCCUUCCUCUCCUGGCUCUGCCCUUUCUUUAACUGUCCAGGUUGAUGCUGUGUCUGGCCUCUCACUGUAAGUACUGUACAAUGAAUCUCUGUAAAUAGCUGUGGUCCAUGCCCACAGUGCAGGCAAGCCUUCCAGGUCAGCACAUUAAAGAUCGGUUUGCUCACUGA